CCUCAAGACUUCAUUUUUAGUGCUUAUAUGUCUGUCUCGAGGAAUAUCUCGUCAUAUUUGCAUUGCUCAUCAUCCGCGAGUCCAGCUCGAACGCUGCCACUCUUUGAAUCGCUUUUUCCCAUCAUGAGUCCUGCUACUGAGAUUCCUGCAGCCAAGAGAGUUGCCGUGGUCGGCAGCGGCUGCUCUGGCAUUGCAGCUGUGUGGGCUUUGAAGAACACAGUACACGAUGUUUACCUAUACGAGGCAGACGCUCGGCUCGGCGGCCACUCCAACACGGUUCAGUGGCAGAAUGGGAAAUACUCGGUAGGGGUCGAUACGGGGUUUAUCGUGCUGAAUACGGCUACUUAUCCAAACUUCAUCCGGUUUUUGAAGUUAUUGAACGUUGCCACUGAGGUGACUGAUAUGGCUCUCGGCGUGUCAAGAGACUACGGGGCGUUUGAAUGGGGUGGGAAAAGUCUGCGAUCUGUGUUCUGCCAGGCCAAGAACCUCUUCUCCAUCCGGAUGUGGCGCAUGUUAUUCGAUGUCCUUCGGUUCAAUCAAUUUGCUCUGGAUGUCUUGAUCAACUCCAAAGAGGAGUCUCAAAGCGAGAGCGAAGACGAUCCCGGCAACGAUGAGAGCAUUGGCGCUUAUCUGGAUCGCCACGGCUACUCUCACGCAUUUCGGGAUGGUUAUCUGAUACCAAUCACUGCAUCAGUAUGGAGCACAAAACCCAAAACAUGCAUGGAUGAGUUUCCUGUUCUCACCCUUAUCCGAUUUUUAUGGAACCAUCAUAACCUCUCAGCGCUCUCCUCCCGGCCCGAGUGGCUCACUUUAAAAAAUGGGUCCAGGGCUUAUAUCGAUGCUGUGAUGGACGACUUUCCAACUGAUCAUGUGUUCCUAAACACCCCGGUGAAGCGUGUGGAAAAUCACAACGGACACAUUUCGCUUUACACGACGAAUGAUGAACCGCAAAUCUUUGACCAUGUUAUUUUGGCUACGCAUGGUGACCAAGCGCUGUCGAUACUGGGCUCUGCAGCGACAGAUGAGGAGAGAUCGAUACUCUCAUGCUUUAAGACAUCAAAGAAUGAGGUUGUUUUGCACUCAGACCUAACUCACAUGCCCCAAAGACGCGGAGCAUGGUGCAGUUGGAACUAUAUGACACUCUCUCCUCGGUCAGAGUCAUCCACUGACGUAGUGUCUUUGACAUAUAACAUGAACACAUUGCAACAUAUUCCAAAGGACCAGUUUGGCCAUGUUUUGGUAACCCUCAACCCUCUUCAUGAACCGACGCCGGCACUCACCCAAGGUCGUUUCGACUACUCGCACCCCAUAUACACGUCGAAGGCAGUUGCCGCACAGAGGAGGUUACAAAAGAUCCAGAACAAGAGAGGCAUUAGCUUUGCCGGGGCCUGGACGAACUACGGCUUCCACGAAGACGGUUUCAGCAGCGGAUUACGAGUAGCCCGGGAUCACCUAGGUGCAACACUUCCAUUUGAAAUCAUCGACUCUUCGUUUAGCCGAGGAAAGAUACCCCACUUGAGCAUCAUCGACUACGCAAUCCGUGUCUUCAUCACACUUAUUCAAUCACUUGUGAUCCAGCCAUUGGAGACCAUUGCGGACAUUGUGUCACAGCUGUCGUGGACACACAAGGACGCGCGGGACGGAAGAAGAGAUGUAUCGAAAGCGGCGAUGUAGAUACCUGCAGAUAUAACAGAUUCCGAGGGCAUCGCUAGAUAAACAACAUUCGUGUUAUAUGUGGUUGGUGUGAAAGGGUCACGUCGCACAC